UGACGUUUCGGUUCUUCAUGAACCCGUGUUUUGAAAGCGCCCAUCGCUACAUUAAUGCUGCUUAUAUUAUAAGCCAGAUCAGUUUCGGUUGUAAAAUGUCUAUUAGAGAAUAGAAUGAAUUAAAACUGACUAACGGAUAUUCUGCGAAAUAAACUUGAUGGAUAAUGAUGGAGCAGCAUGAAAGCGACCAGACCACACUGGCACCAGAUGUGAGGACAAAAACCUGCCAAUCGUCACCUAGACAAGAGCACAACAAUGAAAAACAGUAUCAGAAUGAACGGAAAGAAGAUUCUGUCACUCGCCAUGAAUGUGGGAUGCAUUUCUUUAAGGAAGCAAGUCAUGAGGAGCACACGAGAAUUCACACUGAAGAGAAACCAUUCAUCUGCCCUCAGUGUGGAAAGAGUUUCACAGUGAAACAAAAGCUCGAGGCUCAUUUAAGGAUUCACACUGGAGAGAAACCUUUCAGCUGCCCUCAGUGUGGAAAAAGUUUCACGCAACAAGGUCAGCUUAACAUUCACAUGAGAAUUCACACUGGAGAGAAACCUUUCACCUGCCCUCAGUGUGAAGUGAGCUUCACGCAACAAGGAUACCUUAAACGUCACAUAAGAACUCACACUGGUGAGAAACCGUUCAUCUGCCCUCAAUGUGGAAAGAGUUACAAAGUAAAACAAAGCCUUGAGAGUAAUGUGAGAGUUCACACUGGAGAGAAGCCGUUUAUCUGCCCUCAGUGUGGAAAAGCCCUCCAUUCCAAAGAAGCCAUUUAUUUACAAAGCCUUGAGAGUCACAUGAGAAUUCACACUGGAGUGAAGCCUUUCUCCUGCCAUCAGUGUGGAAAGAGAUUCACAGUGAAACAAAGCCUCGAGAGUCACAUGACCAUUCACACUGGAGAGAAACCUUUCACCUGCUCUGAGUGUGGAAAGAGUUUCACAAUGAAGCAAAAGCUUGAGAGACACGUGAAAAUUCACACUGAAGAGAAACUUUUCAUCUGCCCUCUAUGUGGGAACAGUUUCACAAUGAAAACCAACCUUGACAGACACAUGAAAAUUCACACUGAAGAGAAGCCUUACACCUGCUUCGUGUGUGGAAAGAGUUUUAGAAUAAAACAAAACCUUGAUAGUCACAUGAGAGUUCACACUGGGCUGAAGCCCUUCAUCUGCUGUGAAUGUGGGAAAAGUUUCACUGUGAAACAAAGCCUUGAGAGUCACAUGAAACUUCACAAUGAACCGGAGGCUUUUACCUGUUCCGAGUGUGGAAAGAGUUUCACAGUGAAGCAAAACCUUGAGAAUCACAUGAGAAUUCACACUGGAGAGAAACCUUUCACCUGCCCUCAGUGUGAAAAGAGCUUCACGCAACAUGGACACCUUAAACGUCACAUGAGAAUUCACGCCGGAGAGAUGCAUUUUGACCGAGUUGGGGAAUCUCCUCUGCUGUCACCUGUGUACAGCAUCCAUCCAAAUGCAGUGAUGGCAGUCAUAGCAUACCAGGACACCCACCAGCUAUCGGAGGAGAGUGAUAUAGUCAAUCUGUUUAUAUGACUAGGAGGUCAUGACCAAUAAGAGACCAACAGGACAAUUACUGUGUUGACAAUUAAGUGUUUCUAUUGUUCAUUAUUAUGGGAGCUGCGGUGUUUCCCCUUAAUUAUAUAUUUACACAAUUAUUCUGCAUAUUUUGAAUGUUUAUUAUACCUUAUAUGUUAAUAUUGAUUUAUGUGAUGUUUUUCUAAUAAUGUAUAACCUAAUGUACAAAAAAAUAAAAUUUAAAGGGAUAGG